AUCGAGCCGCCGUGGAGGCGACAGCGACCGCAGAUGAGUAGGAACACGCCACCGGGGCGCCGCGGCCUAUAUAUUUCGUUUUCGGGUCGGACACACCGAAAUCACAAGAUCCACAUUCAAGGAAGUCGGGUCAGAACUCAGAAGGAUGAUCCGAAGAUCGUCUCCUCCCGGCCCUCACCCAAACCAGGCGAUAGGUUUCCGUUUUUGCCCUCCGGUGGGCCGGCGAGAGUUCCAUGAUGGCAAGGGCAAUAAAUACCAUUUUCUCCAUCUCACACUUCCCAACGUUUUCCAGGAUUUUAUGAGCAGUAGAGAGGUUGCAGAGUUUUUUAGUGGGGCUAUGGCAGGGGCUAUGACUAAAUUUGUUCUUGCUCCUCUUGAAACCAUUAGGUGCGUCCUCUCAUUUUCUCUCAUCUUUUUCAGUAAAUCUAUCUCUUGGACAACUAAACAGAAUGGUUCAAACCCAAUUCAAACUGAAAUACACUCUUUGCAUUCUUUGCUAUUGUGCACCAUCUAUUGUUCAUGUUCCUCAUUACACCUCCAACACAACUCAGGUCUACUCUGACUUCUCUUUAAAGUUUAAGCUCCCACAUUCCAGGAUUCCACUCCUUGUACGGGCAAACUCCUCGAUGAUUGAUGUAUCUAAACCAAAGCUGAGGUCACCUUCUGUUGAAUUUCUCAAUUGUGCGCUCUAUGUUUUUCCUAAUAUUGCCACACAUCCAUUGCAACACGCAUCUCCGUCACAUUCAUCUUCUUUAUCUAAUCUUCUUUCGUUGUCCAACAUUGAGAUUCGUAAGGUGGAGCUGGUUUUAUGACAUGCCUUAAAAAAUUUCUCUUCGUUCUUGGUGGUGCAUAUCGAUCACACGGGAUUCCUUGAUCUCCUUUGGGUUUAGGGACCGGAUAUGUACCCCCUUUUACUUUCCCAACUCCCUACCCCACCUCUUAACACAAACUCACCCUAACCUAUAUAUAUAUGCUCCCUAUCCAUUCCUCAAGGAUGGGUUUGUGAGGUGAAAUAAUUUGGGGAGUGGGAUAUGAAAUGGGAACAGGUGAUCCCAUCCCACCCCUUGAGUUUGAGCCAACUAGAACUUAAUUACUUGAAACAAUCCCUCGUGUAAGGUUCUUUCCCGUCUAAUUUCACCACUCGAAACAUAGGACGAGGAUGGUGGUUGGGGUCGGAUCAAAACACAUAUGUGGCAGUUUUAUGCAAGUAAUGGAGGAGAGAGGUUGGAGGGGACUAUGGGCUGGAAACACAAUCAACAUGGUCCGCAUAGUUCCAACACAAGCCAUUGAGCUCGGGACGUUUGAGUGUGUCAAGCGAGCAAUGAGCUUGGCUCAAGAGAGGUGGGCUCUCUCCGGUGGUCCAAAAGUAGAGAUUGGCAUUGUUAAGUUCAAUCUUCCUUUUACAUGGAUCUCUCCCAUUGCUGCUGGAGGCGCCACUGCUGGAAUUGUGAGCACCCUCGUGUGCCACCCACUGGAAGUGUUAAAGGGUCACUGCUAUCUGUACAAUUGACAACAAAAAAAGGCCAUUGGGAUGACUGUAUCCUACUACACCUACAGGACCGCUUAACUGUAAGUCCUGAAACAUACCCUAGCCUGAGCAUUGCUGUGCACAAGAUAUACAAGGAUGGGGGGAUGAGAGCCCUAUAUGCUGGCAUUGCACCUACCUUAAUUGGGAUGCUUCCUUACAGCACCUGCUACUAUUUCAUGUAUGAGACCAUGAAGACAUCAUAUUGCCGGGCCAAAAACAAGGACUCCUUAAGCCGUGCCGAGAUGCUUGUUUUUGGAGCUCUCUCUGGUUUAACAGCCAGCACGAUCAGUUAUCCAUUGGAGGUGGCAAGGAAGCGGCUGAUGGUCGGAGUGCUGCAAGGGAAAUGCCCACCACCGCCGCACAUGGUGGCUGCACUGUCAGAAAUAAUGAGGGAGGAAGGAGUUGUAGGGCUUUUCAGGGGGUGGAGAGCAAGCUCCUUGAAAGUCAUGCCUUCUUCAGGCAUCACCUGGAUGUUCUAUGAAGCCUGGAAAGAUUUACUUCUCCCCCAGAAGAAGAAGAAGCACCACACCUCAUAAUAAUCACCUUUUUUAACUGCAUUUUGAGCUGGUGCGUUUUUUUGGUGUGCAAUUACUGGUGUGUACAUGCUGUACUGACUGGGUAAACUUUACUUAAAUUCAGUGAAAGUCAAACUGGGUAAAUUUUUCUACUAAGACGGGGAGAGGACAAGUUUUCUAAGUCAUGUAAGCUAGAAUAAACAUGCACACAUUAUUUGUGACUAAUUUAGAACGAAAUAUGAGCAUUUAUUUUUCCUCUACAACACACUCACUUCAACUUCUAUGAAUUAUACUGACUACAGAAACUACAACAUGAAUAUAUAACUUUUACAGUGUUAAGAACAACAGAUACAGAGAGCCUAUAGCUGGCUGACAAUUACUACAUAAAAAGGGUAAUACUUGCCUCCAAAUCAUAUAGCUUGAAGGAACCAAGCACAGCUUAAAAAAUCCUACUCCCAUUCCUGAGUUUCAUUCUUCUGCAUAAGAGAUUAAGAGAUAUGAUAACAUACCCAUGA